AUGUCGGCGACCUCAUCGCCGCGCAAGGGCAGCGUGCACUCGUCGCCCGUGCGUGCACCUCGACGCAGGCCCUCUGCAUCUGCCUCCUCGCCCUCGUCUCGCUCCGGCAACCGGCGAGCACGCUCUCCGCAGCUGUACGACUCCAUCGACGAGAUGGACGACGAGAACGACGCUGCGUACGACCAGGACCUCGAUGCAGAUGGCGAGUACGACGACGACUAUCCCGACCACGACGCCCAGGGCGAAGAGGAAGAGGUCGUCGUCGACACGGGCCCUUCUGCUCCCACACGCUCCGGCCGCGAACGCCGCACGAGCGAGAAUCCGACGGACUCGACUCCACGCCAGUCGUCGCGGCCGAAACGCUCCCGAGCGCCGCACGGAUCGUACUACGACCUGCCGCCGUUACCCAGCUUUUCCGACGCCGAAGACGAUAGCGAAGACGAGGCACCCUCGAUACGCAAGCGUCCACGCAGGGCCGAGGUGCUCGCAUCCGAUGCCGAGUCCGAAGAGCCCCAGGACCCGCGCAGCCUUGCACCCGAAGCGACAAGCAAGGUCGCCGAAAAGGAGGCGCAGACCGCACAGCCGCCAGUGGAGCUCACCGAAGAGGAAAAGCAAAAGGCACGCGAGGACAAGGAGCAGCACGAGCUUGCGGCGCGCUGGACCGACGAGUACUUUGAGAUCGUCGAGCAGCUCCCGCUCGAAGUGCACCGUGCCUUUGCGCUGAUGCGCGAGCUCGAGGGCCAGAUGCGCACGCGCGUCACCGGCAUGGUGCACGACAUUGCCACCUACCACCACGCACGCCUCACCCUCCCCACCACCUCCUCCCCCACCUCACACAGCGACGAGGAAGGUAGUGAAGACGAAGCCGAAACUCUACUCGGCGCCCCCCUCCCUUCCACUCACGAUGGUGAUGCGGGGUGGAUGGAUAAGGCGGAACGAAUGCAGUUGCUGCGGGGGAUUUCUUCAGCCGCCAACGAAUCGGUCAAAGCCGCCGAGGAAAAGAUGGGUCUGGCAGCUACAGCGUACGAGUGGAUUGACCGACACAUCCGACGUCUCGAUGGGGACAUAGCCAAGCUCGAGGCGAGUAUCCUUCUCGGACUGCGUAGCGGAACACAGGAAUCGCGCGGGGCACGCGAAGCUUUGGGACUCGCACCCGACUCUCCCACCCCCACGCCCGCUGAACCGGUGGUGAGUGUGGCUGACACCGCAGCGCUCACCAAAGCAGCGGGGGCAAGACGCGGCCGCACGCGCAGCAGGAGCAACACCACCACCCCAAAGCAGGCCACAACAAAGCUGCCCAGUCCACAGCCUCGAUCGCCCGGGCCGACACAACCAUCCGAAGCCCCGCCUCGCAAACGACGGGGGGGACGAAAACCACGCCCCUCCGCAGGUCGACGCAAGAGUACAGUCGGGGACGCAGCGGUGGUGGUUGUGGGACCCGAUACAUCGGAUAUGCCCUUUGAUCCCACCGAACCAAGGUACUGCUAUUGCGACCAGAUCUCGUUCGACCAAAUGGUCGCAUGCGAUAACGACGACUGCCCUAUCGAGUGGUUCCACUACGCCUGCGUAGGCCUUGAAGCGCAGCCCAAGGCAGAGUGGUUUUGCAGAUUCUGCGCUCCCCCCCAAUGGAAGGGUCCCGGAAUGAGUGUGCCGCCAAACGCUAAACACCUCCCUCCCCCACCCAAAAAGCCCUGA